GGGAUGCCAGGCCCGGCGGGGAGGCUGUGUGGGAGAGAAGGUGUUGUCUGUGGUGAAGAGGUGGGGACUGUGGUGUGCAGAGGACAGAACAAUGGAAAGCUGUGUUAGAGAUGCAGGCAGCAGCAGUGGAGUCAAAGGUGCGAUGAGGUGGCUAUGAAGGAGGCAGGCUGCGAGGAGUGUUUGGUACAAGUACCCGCACAGGUCCGGGAUGCCUGCGUUUGCCUUCUGCCGGUGUCUGGGGUGGGGGGGAAAGGACUGAGGAACUGCCAGAUUGCCCCCGCCUUUGAGGAUCCCGGUGGGUCGAGCGGGGAAAGGAGAGAGGGGUGUUUGGACAAGAGGAGCCUUCGAAGCUUUUACUCCUGUCCGCCUCCCCUGCCCAUAAAACUAUUAGUCUCUGGUGCCAGGCUAUCUGCGCUCGCCGCCUGCAGCCCAGCCGCGCCUCGCAGACCCCCUGCCCGGGCCGCGGGGCCGGAACCAUGCCGUGGGGCCCCUCUGGAGGCCGUUUUGGGGAGGGGGCAGCCCAUUUCCGAGCCGGUCCUGCAUUACAAAGGCGGGCAGCGGGGCCAGCGCGCCGCUUUGAUGUGCCCUGCCGGCUCCCCGCACACCUGCGGCCGCGGGGCUCACGGCACGGUCCGGUUCGUGGGGACACCGGCGGACUGCGGGCGCGCUGCGCCUCCCCUGGCCCCGAAGCUCCCGGUGCCCCUGUCUCACACGGCUGUCUGCCCCGGGACGGGACGGGAAGGCUCCGUCAGUGGCGGCGCAGUCCCGGCAGCGAGGCCCCUACCCCGUGGCCGAGGGCGGGCGGGAGGCAGGGCCGGGGCCGGAGCCCCCGGGAGGCGGUGGCCGGGGGAGAGAGGGAGGGUCCUGCGGGGGGCGGGAGGGGGCGGCCGCCGGGCUGUGCUCGCCGCGUCCCGCCGCACGCAGGCCCCGCUCCAGGGCUUCUCUUCGGCGCUUCUCCACAGGGCGCCCCGUCCCGGCGGCCGGCUCUGCGGGGGCUGCCCACCAUGACCGGGCCGAGGCUGGCCCUCGCCGCCGCGCUCCUCUGCAGCUGCACCUCGCCGGUGGCCGACGCCAACUCCUGGUGGUCUUUGGCCAUGAACCCUAUUCAGAGACCUGAGAUGUACAUCAUCGGUGCGCAGCCGGUGUGCAGCCAGCUGCCGGGGCUCUCUCCUGGGCAGCGCAAGCUCUGCCAGCUCUACCAGGAGCACAUGGUGUUCAUCGGGGAGGGGGCCCGCAGCGCCAUCAAAGAGUGCCAGUACCAGUUUCGGCAGCGGCGGUGGAACUGCAGCACGGUGGACAACACCUCCGUCUUCGGACGGGUCAUGAAAAUAGGUAGCCGAGAGACUGCUUUCACGUAUGCCGUCAGUGCUGCCGGUGUGGUGAACGCCAUCAGCCGGGCUUGCCGUGAAGGAGAGCUCUCCAGCUGUGGCUGCAGCCGGACGGCCCGGCCCAAGGACUUGCCCCGAGACUGGCUGUGGGGUGGCUGCGGGGAUAACGUGGAGUAUGGAUAUCGUUUUGCCAAGGAGUUUGUGGAUGCCAAGGAGAGGGAGAAGAACUACGUGAGAGGUUCAGAGGAACAGGCUCGCAUGCUGAUGAACUUGCAGAACAACGAAGCUGGUCGCAGGGCCGUGUACAAGCUGGCAGACGUGGCCUGCAAGUGCCAUGGUGUAUCAGGCUCCUGCAGCCUCAAGACCUGCUGGCUGCAGCUGGCUGACUUCCGCAAGGUGGGCGACUUGCUGAAGGAGAAGUACGACAGCGCCGCGGCCAUGAGGAUCAGCCGCAAGGGCAAGCUGGAGCUGGUGAACAACCGCUUCAACAUGCCGACGCAAGAGGACCUGGUCUACGUUGACCCCAGCCCGGACUAUUGCCUGCGCAAUGAGACCACUGGUUCUCUGGGCACCCAGGGCCGACUGUGCAACAAGACCUCGGAGGGCAUGGAUGGGUGUGAGCUGAUGUGCUGCGGACGGGGUUAUGACCAGUUCAAGAGCGUCCAGGUGGAGCGUUGCCACUGCAAGUUCCAUUGGUGCUGUUACGUCAAGUGUAAAAAGUGCACAGAGAUCGUCGACCAGUAUGUCUGUAAAUGAAAGGAGCCACCAAAGCAACAAAUCUAUAUUAUAUAAAUCUAUAUAAAUAUAUUUUAUAUUUGUAUAAAUAAACAGAUGAUGAUAAUAAUUAAAGAAGCUUAUUUAAGAGACAUUUUGGUUUUGAAAUUUCCCCCAUCAGGCCAGCUGGUAUGCCAUUCCUUCAGUUCUGCUGGGGAGUUUGUCUGCAGGUGCAUCUCCUCGUGGAUGUUUCAGUCAGGGUGAAGAGGCUGAGGAGGUGCUGAGAAAAUGAACUCCCCCCUACGCACAAGCGCACACACACUGCUUCAUUGCAGAAACAAAGCCAGGAAGAAGGAGAAAGGUGGGUUCUUUCUGCUCCGAUCAGUAAGUCUUAGCAUUUUGCAUAGUUACUGCACAUCUGAAAUUACUGCCAGAUGUGGGUGAGUCCUAGUUACCUGAGUUUCAAACCCUGCCACUUCAUUAAACCCACUGGAGAAUUCAGAACCAGUUUUUGAUCCCUCUGAGGGCUUUGUCACAUGAGAGGGAAGGUUAGGCAAGGCCCCUUUCAAGACAUAGAAUACAGCUUAAAAUCCUGUAAACCAUUCUUGGAUGCUUCACAGACCACACUGUGGUGGAGGAAGGUUUGCAACCUGCUGUUGUUAGGAGGGAAGGUGUGACCUGUGGCUGACCAGUAUGAACCCAACAUCUAGGUCUUCUGUACCGCCUGGGCCAAGGGCAAGCCAGUCCAGCUCAGACUACAUGGCUAUGUGCAUGAGGGAGAUUUUUAAUUAUUUUCCUUUUAAUCCCAUGUUGAAACUGAAUUUGUCAAUGUAGGGGAGAAGCUGCCAGUGCCCAGGAAUGUUUGCAAAGGCAAUAUACUUUGUAUUUUGUCAGCAGAAAGAGGCAUUGAAUGCACACACAUGCACAUGACUCCUCACAUCACUGCCAGUUUUUUCACUCUUUGAAGUGGAUGCAGGUGGUCACCUUGUUCAGCUCUAUUAAAUCCUCCUCGCCACCAUCCCAGAUGUAUAGUUUCUCUUUAACAUUAAACACCCCUCAUUGACAUUU